UCUCUACUCAUCAACAUUCUCUGUCUCUACUCAUCAACAUUCUCUGUCUCUACUCAUCAACGUUCUCUGCUCUGGUUAAAUAAUUUGAAUAUUUCUCAUAGCGCCUAAAAGUAUGCCCCACCCUUUGUUGAAAUGGGCAACACUGCCAGCUAAAAACAGCUGAUUUUGACACAAGCGAUAAACGUGCUCAUUUCACUUAAUUGCUUUUAAAUAUAAACAAACAAGAAGUAAAUUUUUUUAAAAUAAAAAUGGUGCAAGGAAAGUUUAAAAAAGCCAAAUUACCAGCCAGUGUGCAAAAGAAACAGAAGCAGAAAACGGCGAAGCCAUUUACAAGAAGAUCCAAUGCGCCCAUACAGCCUAAAAAGGCCAAAUUCAAUGAACAACAAAAGAUAAAAAACGCCAUUUCAAAAACUGUAAACAAAUCGGUGGAAAAUGAAUUGCGUUCUCGUGCAGUUGAAGGACAAAUUAAACUGUGCAAAGCACAGGAAGCAGUGGCAAAGCAUCAUCAGGCGAAAGCUGCAACGGAGGCAGGGCCAUCCACCUCAGCGUCGUAGUAAAUAUGCUAGUUUGAUUAUUUUCCAUUAUAUAGUUAAGGAAUAUAAUUAGAAUUAGUAGAGUGUAAACUAUUUUAUCUUAUUACAAUGGAAAAUUAUAAACUCAAUUUCAUUAUUGCUGUCUAAUAAGUACUAAAUGUAUGUAUUUACUUACAUAUGUAUAUAUUUGUGUAUUUGUUUAUAUGCAAAGAUGUAUUUAGAUUGGCUUUUAUAACUGUAAAUUCAAAUAAUAUUAAGAAGUAUUAAAAAUUUAUUUUGUACAGUUUUUUGAAACUUUGCUUUAUGGGUUUAAUACUCCAUAAGAAAAGUGUAAUGUAAGCAUUGAGUGAUAUGUAUUAUGAUACAAGUUUAAUGAAAGCACCAUUCCUCUAAGGCAAAUUUGACAUUAAAGGGUUAUAUCCGCUUGUGAAUUUCAAAAAAUCCACAUUAUUGGAUAUGCAUAUAUGGAAUUUACUUA